AAAAAUUAAGAUUAGGCCCCGUACCCAUCAAUCUCUGUGUCUCUAUACAAUCUCCAAGCUUUCACUUGUCAAAUUGUUCACCACACACGUACCCUCCUCUCUCAGCUUCCACAGCCCAGAACGCCACCUGCACACUUGUCUUGAAUCUCUCAAGUAAUCAAUUCAACAGAACCCCCCGCCUUAAAUGGAACAUCCUUCGAGCAGACCAAUCACUCCCCUCGGACACUCCUUGGUCUCCUUAUUUAUUGUUAUUAACCAUAACCUUGUUCUCUCAGUAUUUUCACGAACACCUUCUCCUUCUUUUCUUCUUUUGCGUCUUCGGAGCUUUGAUCUUCCAUGGAUGAUUCUCCAGCACCCCCAACCCGCUCUACAGGCUCAUUUUUCACUCCUCUUCUCUUCUCUUUAGCUGGCGUAGUUGGCGCAUCUCUCGCUCUUCUGGCUUACCACUUCUUCUUCGUUAAAUAUUGCAUCAGUAGACGAACAAGAAUGGCCAUGGCGGCCAGUUCUAUUUCUACACCAGUUCAGGGGGUUGAAAUAGGAACUGGGGUUGAAGAACAGGUUCUUAACGCAAUCCCAAUUCUUCUCUACUCGCAAAACAACAUCCAAUUGGCUAAGAUUGAUCAAAGCGAGUGUGUAAUCUGCUUAGGUGAAUUAGAGGACGGUGACAAGGUUCGUUCAUUGCCAAAUUGUGGACAUGUAUUUCAUGUCCCUUGCAUUGAUGAUUGGUUCUUGGCUCACACAAACUGUCCAAUUUGCAGAGCACCAAUUGUUGCUUCUAUUGAUAUUGCUUGUGUUUUAGAAGACUCCAUUAAUGAUAGGAGAGAGAUUAGGACACAAAACCUAGCUCAGUUUCUUGAACAAGGAGAGGAAGAUGAUGGAGGUGGCGGUGGCGGUGGCGAUGGCGGAGGAGGUAAUGGUGAUGAUAACAAUAAUGCUUCUACUUCAGGACAAUCGUCAAAUGGAUUUAUUCGCCAUAGCUUGUCGCUUGUGUUGCCUAUGGAUGCUAAACCGCAGCAUUUCAUGGCGUUGAAGAGAUCUUUAUCAAUGGAUCAACGUUUUGUGAUUAUAGAUAUACAAGGAGAGAGAGAAAAGGCUUCUUCUCCAUCAUCUUCUUCUUCUUCUUAUUUGAAGCAUUUGAUAAUGGAAAAUAGAUCAGGAAGAUCAAUGAGGCAGCUAGAUCUCGUGUCUUCAAGGUGGCUGAGAUCUCUAUCUCAAAUGCGAUUCAGCCAAAGUGGUCUGCCAACUGAACCUCUUCCUUGUUAGGAUCUUUUCAAUUUCUCUCUAGAUUAGGAUUUAUUUUCUUGUAAUUUGUCUUAAUUAGUAACUAGUUGACAAUAAGAUGUUGAUUUAGAAUAACCCAAUUUCAUUUAUUAACAUAAACAAUUUGUAUUAUUACAUGUUCGUAAUCAUUGUACUUGUAUUGUAACAUAAAAAAGAAGAAAAAAAAAAUGAAGAGAAUUUCCCAUUUUUCAAUAUGUAUU